AUGGAACUUCCAAUGAGCCCUCCUCCGCCAAAAGAAGCAACCCCUGGCACUUACGGUGAGCCUCCGGCAAAAGGUGGUGAGAGACCACUUGCCUUCGCAGAGGAAGUGAUCGAUAAGACCCUCAUCAGUCUUAAAAUGCUCGAUUACUUCCUCCCAUGGCAGGCCUUCUUUAUCUUCAAGAUGCUGCUUGCCAUUAUCACCAUAUUGGCCUGCCGCUACUGCCCCGGCGUCCGGUGCUUAAUGAUCAACCUCUUUUUCGGCCUCUGUGCCCUCUCCUGCUUCUUCUUCCACUUCACCAUCAGAUUUGUCGCUCCCGACCGCCUCGUUUACAUCGGCUUCCUCGCACCGAAAAGGCUGUCGGACUUUGUUCGUGCGACAAUGUCGGCGGUGGUGUUCGUGGCGUGGACUUCGAUGCUUCCCAGGUGUGCCGAAUGUUUGUUUCCAGGGCAGGAGAUGCAGUUUUUCUGGCCAUGGAUGGUGAUAAAUGUUUGCAUUGGCUUGUUUCUGGCUUUUCCCUGCUAG